AGUGUCAAAAGAGAAUUAAAAGCUAUAGGAAAAGCCGCAAUAAGCAGAAAAGAAGAUUUUGAAAAAUGUCUAGAAAUUUUAGAUGCUGCGAACAUUGAACGUAGUAGUGCAACAAGUAGUACAAGUGGUUUGGGUGGAAGUGUGAUUCAUGGCGGUUUAAAGAUUGUAAAAAGAAGUUCAAGUCCUGCUAAUCAUCGAGUAGGAAGUCCAUAUGUACACCAUCGAAUAGGAAGUCCUAAUGUUCAUAAAAAUGCCAAAGAGAAAGGGUCCAAGAAAAAAGGAGCUAGCAUGAAAAUAAAGGUCGAAGAUUCAGAUAAUGAUUAUUUUCCACCUCAAAGGAAAGAAUCUUUAAAGACCAGCUCUGGUACUCACAGGAAAAAAAAGAUAUUAAAGAGAAGCGCACCGAGUGAUGAUGAGUGCGAUUCUUCAGACUUCGAAGGAAUAGUAAAAGGAUCACGAACUUCGACGCCAAAUCGUUCUGUUCAAAAUAAAACCUCGAAGUCAGGAAAUACAGGUUCUUUUAAAAAGAGAAAGCGUAGCACUUCGGAAGUUACAAAUGCUACAAUUGAGGAUACGCCCGUUGUUAAAUCAAAGGACCAAGUGGCGAUCAAAACAUUUUAUGACUAUGUCGAGCCUUAUGUUAGGGAUUUCAAGGAUGAAGACAUACAAUUUUUAGAAUCAAAGGGAGACGAUAUCGCGCCAUACGAAAUUCCGAAACUUGGAAAGCACUACUUGGAAGUUUGGGCAGAAGAAGAACGUAAUCUUCUUCCUCAAACACCUGAUGAACUAGAGCCACGCCGAAUCGAUCACAUGGAUAUUGAUGGUCCUCUAAAGUCCCAUGAUGGUGACUAUAAACAACGAUCUGCUAAUUUCAUAGUCGAUCGUUUACUAGCGGCCUUUCUUGAAUAUCCAGAAGCUGCAACUUUCCUAAAUCAACUUGAUGAGUCACAAGUAAAUGGUCAAAAUGGCCAGAAUGGGCAUCAUGAAAGAGAGGUUGAACAUGAUCGAGAUAAAUCCCAAAUGGACGAUCGACUUAAGAGAGAACUUCAAGCAUUGGACUUGAUGGAUGGAAACGACAUACAAUGGGACGAACGCGAAGAUGAUGAAAUAAGCAUCAAAUUGCGGGAAUUGCAAGCAAAGCUUCGCGAACAAAGCAAGCGGAACAAUUAUCGUAAGCAGAUUUUGAUCGAAAGAGUAAAAGCUCAAAUAGGUUGGCAACAAUACCAAUCAUAUUUGGAAACUCUUGAUAAUCAAAUCGAAGAUGCUUAUUUGGCCAGAUUCCUCGACAAGGAUAAGUCGAAAAUUACAAAGACAAAGAAAAACAAGAAGCCGACGCCAUCCAUUUCUGAAGUUGAGUCACUUCUUGACCAACGUAAAAAAUUAGUCGGAGGAAUUGGCGCUUCUUUUGCUCCGGAAGAUCAAUAUUCCUUCGCACCUGGACAAUCACUUUUCGACAAGGAGAUCAUAGCAAAAUUGUAG